AUGGUAAUCAAAUCAAUUUUAUUUAUAACUAUACAAAGUGAGAAAUCAGAAUCAGGAAAAUAUGCUUAAAUUACUUUUAAAAUUCUAAUAUUCUAAAAUUUGAAAUAUCAUAACACGAAUUAAAUUAUUGAUAUCUUAAUCAAAUCUAAAAAAUAAAGGAAUAAAGUAUCAACCUAACAUUAUAUAUAAUGUAAAAAAAUAGUGCUAAAGAUAUUAUAGAUUAAUAGUAGAAAAACUAAUAUGCAUGGCAGAUAAUAGAGGAAAGCUGCUCUUACUUGGAUGAUAAUAUUGUAUAAAUAAAAAAUAAAUGAAGAAAGGUUCUAAAAUAAAAUAAGAUAAUAAAAAUUUGUAUUGCUUUAGGAACUGGCAAAACACCAUUUUCUGCAUAUAUAUAUCGCUUAAACCUUUAGGUUAUUAGCGAAGAGUAUUGUUGCAGAAGUAGAGCUUUAAUUAUAUUUUUCUGAUAUGAAAAAUCAAAUGUUUAGUGUUAUUGGGUAGUCUGAUACAGAGUCAGAAACUUUAUAGCCUAACUUUUUUAAGUUGGAUAAUGAAACUCUAAUUUUUGACUGUUCUGGAUUGCUAGAUAGCAGAGGUGUAGGAGUUGAAAUAACUAAUUCUUAUUGUCUUUAAUAAAACUAUUUGCUAUUCUUAAAAUAUUAAAUUCUUGUUAGUCUUGGAUGGAUAGUCCUUUCAAUAAUAAACUCCAGAAAAGCGUAAUAGUCUAAAAGCUACUUUGGAAGCUAUCUUUUUUUAGUAGAAUCAACUUAUAUAGAUUUUUCAAAGAAUAUUACUAUUGUUUUCAAUAGAACAGAAAAGAAUGAAUCACUUAAAAGCAUAAUUUGA